AAAAAAAAGAGCAGGCGUCAGACGUGACCUCCGUGAUCAAUGUCGAAGGCGCCGCGCCAUAUCGCCUUAACUGGCAUAGAGGAGAGCACGCGACAACUUCCGGAAGAGACAGCUGUAGACCAAAAAAUCAUGCAUAAUAAAUGAACCUGGCGUUUUUGUUGUGGUUUCUCUACAUAAAACGCUAGAAAGAUGGCUUAGCAUGUCAAAACAUACUCAAUACUUGAGCAUCAUAAUGAAGCAUUUGUCAGCAACAUGUAUGGGAAAACUGAAUAAAUUGUUUGGUUGUUGUUUUUAUUUCCAUAAGAGUGUGUCAUGUGCCUGUGUAUAUGUAUCACUCGGGGCAUGACUGGUGAAUAGUAUGCAAGAUAUGUGGUCUAAAAUGUUUUGAAUUUUCUGUAUGACAAAGUGGUUGUAAGUGGUUAGUUGGUUUUCAAUAGUAAGAUUUGAUGGGUACUUUUGAAAUUAAAUACCAUUCUUUCUCGUGAGAACUGGAAUCUUCUUGUAUUCUAUUAAAUAGUAUUGUCAUAGGUUCGCAGGCGACUCAUUAUUAUCCGGACUAUUAUAAAUGUUUGGUCAUUUAUCCCUGUUACUAAAUUUUUAUGAUUGUUCUUAUGUGGCAUUAGGCUGGUGACAUUUUUAUUUUUUAAAAAUUGGAUUGGCUGACAUCGUAAUGUUCUGUGUGUGUGUGUGUGUGUUUGUUUUCGUUUUUGUAAUACUCCAGUUGAGCCGUGUAAAGAUAAGGAAAGUCUGUAAAUUGAAACGAAUGAUAAUAAACCUAGAGAAAAAAAAUUAACUAGUUAAAUAUUAAAAUAGAGCUUGAUAACGAAUUUACCAGUUCUGAAAGUAAAAUGAAAAAAAAAAUUAAAGGUAUUAUUAUCAUUAUUAAUUGUCCUACAAUCGGCAGACAUUGGUAGGCUAUUGUCUGCGUCGGGUGUGGCAAAAUAUAUAGGCCUAGAUUAAGGCUCGAAUAGAGAAUAAUAUCAUAUUAUUAUUUGUAGUUUCACACAAUUACAGGGUCAUCUUUAGUGUUGGCUCACCCCCCCCCCCACUCCUUUCCGACGAUUAAAAACCUGACCACACCGCUGACUGUGCCAAGACUCACACUGUUCUCACCAAAAUAUUCACCUCUUCUCAGUUAAGUUUGUUAAUGUAUCGAUAACAUUACGCAUGCUUUCAGUGAAAUUUAUAUCUUUAUAAGAAAUAUAGGCCUUAAGCUGCUUUUUAAUCGCUAAGUGUGUAGGCCCUUCAAAGAUAAAGCCAACUAAAAGCACUGUCUACGGGUGUAGGCUAUUACAUUAUUUCAAAAUAUGUGAUAGAUUAAAUUAGCAUUAUAGUGUUCAGUCUGUUAAAGAUUUAUUUUUAAAGCCCGACGCUCAGUGGGCCCCUUUUAGAACAGAAUACUAUAAAAUCUUUAAGAAUUUAAUAGUUUAUAACUUUCUAUAGUGACAAUCAUGAGGCCCUUCAGGUUGCCCUACCGGCCAUUAGGGUACCAGCCCACCGGGCAUUUGCUCGAAUGCCCAUAUAGCCAGUCCGCCCCUGGUCAGGAGUCAAGAGUGAAAUGUGUCUGAGCAUGGACGUUGGUCUUUCCAGAGCAGGAAGAAAAGCAUUUUCUUUGGAGUGGUUUAACUUGUGUGUGGAAGAUGAACAUUAGUCUUUCGUUACGACAAUUGGAGUUUUUAUAUUUAUUUAAUGGCAAUGUCUUUGAUAUCGAAGAUUUAGGAUGAUUGCAGUGUUUCUCGUGACUACGCAAACCCAGUUGCGACCUGUAUAUUUUGUCACAUCUAAGGCAGACAAAGCUGUUGCCCGCCGGCAAAUUUUCUUUCUGUCUGCGACAAAAGCUUUCCUUUGUUCCUCAACUGUGCGCCACAAGGCCUUCAUGAAAGCUCUUCAAUUGUCUUUUCCAAUGACUUUCCUCUAUGCCAGUGAGGGCAAAAUGGAGUCUAAGUUGAUCUUUAUGACGCUUAAAAGGGGGGGGGGCUCUGUUAUGCCGUCUUCCUUUAAACUCGCCAAUGAAGAUCGCCUCUGACAUGGGGUCGCUCCCCAUGCGGAAUAAGUGUCCGACCCAGUGUAGCUGUCGAUUAGUAGAAUGGAGUUAUGUAUCCUCUAGCACAGCGGUUCUCAACCUUUUUUUUUAUAGGCGACCCCUUUUUACAAUUCCUCACUACGCCGCGACCCCCCCCCCCAACAGUAAAUCAUUUUCAUUCUUCAUAAGUAUAAGUAACUGUGCUCACUAAUGUAGAUGUAGAAAGCUUGACAACUGAUGUUGCAUCCUAAGGUAUCCUAAAAAAAAGAGAAAAAAAAUGGACAUUAAUAUUAACACUGACUCUUGACCUAACAGUCUAGAGUCUAGAGCUUUAAAAAAACACGACCAGACGUAACGAUACAUUAUGUAUUGGUGUGCUUUAAAUGAAAGCAUUAGAAAUAUUUCUGCUGCGACAAUUAAAAUAUUUGAAAUCAAUUCUGAUUCAGUUGUCUGCAACAUCUAACAAUAAACAUAAUAAAUUCCAAUAAAAAAAAAACAACUCAAGUAAAGAUUUACAUGUUAGAAUUAUCCCAAUAAAUCCAUAUUUUCGUUGGUCUUGAGCGACCCCCGACAAAUUGUCACUCGACCCCCCAAGCGGGUCGUGACUCACAGGUUGAGAACCCCUGCUCUAGCACUAUCCUUAAAGGCUAACGCUUUACAUCAUAGCAUUUAAAUAGGGAAACGAUCAUACUCUCUGCUCUUGGGGUGUUUGAUCAUGUGACUAGAACCUGACAGGUGGCAACAUUAUAAUAACAUAAACAUUACAUCGCCUUAUAUUUUAUUAACGUUUAAACAUACCAAAAUAGGUUUGUCUAUAGCUCUAAUUUGGCUUAUGCAAAACAGGAUACAACUUAUACGCCAUUUGUUACUCUCAACGUUAUGGGAAGUAAGGGCGCUUCUGUUUUGCACUGUCAUUAACCUUUCAAUUCGAGUAUCGCAUCACCAUAUUAGCAACCCGUAUGAUGAAUCGGUUGAUUGAUCUUUUUAUUGCUGAAUGUUAACACAUAUUAAGAAACAAUUGCACCAAAGGGGAGAAAACUGCAGGCACCCAGGUUAACAGAACGUGAGCACUUGUGAAGAGUUACGGAUGCCCUAUUCUGUUUGAUGUCAGUGUGGGGUAGUUAGAUUAUUGGCAUUCAACAAUUCAUUGUACCUUGUCUAUAUCAUUUGAAAGACGCAAACCUUUGAUAGAUAACAGUUCGAACAGAGAAUGACAGAAGAGUUAGAAGGUGGCGAUUAUGCGGCCAUAGCUAUUUAUUUCUGUCUAGUAUUGGCUGUUGGAUUGUGGUCAACAUGUCGACCAAACAGAAAUAAUGCCGCUGGAUAUUUUCUGGCAGGCAAAGAUAUGCACUGGUUUCCUGUCGGAGCUUCAAUCUUCGCCAGCAAUGUCGGAGCUCCAAUGUUUAUUGGUCUAGCAGGGACAGCAGCGGCCAAUGGUUUCUCUUGUGCUAUAUACGAAUGGCACGCCGUUUACCUACUGAUAGCGCUAGGCUGGGUGUUUGUUCCUGUCUAUGUAUCAAGUGGGGCUUUCACGAUGCCAGAAUAUCUUAAAAAACGUUUUGGUGGCGUACGACUUCGGAUCUUUCUGACAGUCUUCUCUUUGUUUAACUAUGUCCUGAUCAAAAUAUCCUCAGAAAUAUUCUCUGGAGCAAUAUUUCUGCGUCAAAUUUUAGGCUGGAACAUGUAUGCGUGUAUUGGCAUGAUCUUGGCUGUGACAGCUAUAUAUACAGUAGCAGGUGGCCUCACUGCCGUAAUCUACACUGACACUCUACAGACAAUCAUUCUUAUAAUAGGAGCUGUCGUUUUGUUUGCUAUAACACUUGUUGACGUUGGAGGCUGGAAUGAAUUCUUGGCACACUACGCCUAUGCAGCUUCGAAUUUAACCCUGAGUGACCCAGUAAAUUACUCCUGCGGGAUGCCUAGAAAAGAUUACAUGCACGUCUGGCGAGAUGCAAAAACGGGUGAUAUCCCCUGGCCAGGGGCAAUAAUUGGCUUAACCACCAUUGGAUUAACAGUGUGGUGCAAUGAUCAGAUCAUGGUUCAACGAUGUCUGUCUGCUAAAAACAUCAGCCACAAUAAAGGUGGCGCUGUGUUUGCAGCGGCCUUGAAGAUUUUCCCGUUUUUCUUGUGGAUCGUCCCAGGAAUGAUAAGUCGAGUUCUUUUUCCGGAUGAAAUCGCUUGUGCGGAUCCAGAGGCGUGUAAACAAAUAUGCGGCAACGCUGCUGGAUGCUCUAAUAUUGCAUAUCCACUUCUGGUCCUUCGCAAAAUGCCGAUUGGCUUACGUGGCAUCAUGCUAUCAGCGUUGCUGGCUGCUCUCAUGAGUACACUGACCUCUAUCUUCAACUCUGCUAGCUCUAUGGUUACCAUGGAUCUCUGGAGACGCUUUAGAAGAAGAGCUCCACAACACGAACUGAUGAUAGUAGGCAGAGUUUGCGUCCUUGUUCUCAUUGGUGUGAGUGUGCUGUGGAUACCCAUAAUGGAAAACUCCCAAGGGGGACAACUGUGGCCAUAUUUACAGACUAUGGCAUCGUGUGUUACGCCUCCUUGGUGUUGGGUUUUUCUUAUGGCUUUAAUGUGGAAAGGAACAACUGAAUCUGGCGCUUUUUGGGGUCUAGUUAUCAGCACCAUUGUUGGUUUGACGAGGAUGGUCCUCGAGUUUGUCUACACAGCCCCCAACUGUGGCAGCUUUGAGGAAGACACCAGGCCAGCUAUUCUCAAAGAAGUUCAUUUCUUACACUUCGCCAUCAUUCUGUCGGGGAUUUCUAUUCUUUCUACAGUCAUCAUUUCACUCUUCACUGUCAGGAGAUCACCAGAGAAACUCCGUCGUGUGACAUGGUGGACUCGCAAUGACCCACUUGACCCCGAGGAAACUGAGUCCGAAGAUGAUUAUGGUGUCCAGGAUGUCAAUGAGGAGACACAGAAAGUAGAACGUGUAGCGUCUGUCAAGAAGAGAAACAUUGGUCGAUUGGUGUACAACUGGUUAUGUGGUAUUGAUAAUAAACCAAAACAAAGGACUCUAACACUCGAAGAUAAAAUUCUCAUCAAGAAAAAAAUGACAGAUAUUGGAGAAAAUCCUAGAGCCAAAUUUGUUUCUGCUGUGGCGGCCAUCGCUGUGGCUGCGGUGACCACAUUUUUGUUAGGAUUAUUUGCUUAAAGAAUGUAACAUGUUCAGUAGAAGUCUGCAACAAGGUUGGAACAAUAAAGAAGAAAAUGUUGUUUUUUUUGUAGACACAUUGAUAAGUUUGAAACUUUCUUGAUUUAUGAUACCAUUGACUUUCUUAAAACAAUUAUGUUAGCUUGUAUCUUCUAAGUAUCUUGAUAACUUGUAUCUUCAGUCAUUUUUGCUUAUAUCUUCAAUCUUGUUUGAUUGUAUCUUAAAUCAUGUUAGCUUGAAUCUUCAAUCAUGUAUCAUUGUAUCUUCAAUCAUGUUCGAUAUAUCUUCAAUCAUGUUAGCUUGUAUCAUGUUAGCUUGUAUCUUCUCAGUAUACUUAAUAAUGUGUUUGUUACCUUGUAUCCUAUAAGUAUCAUGUUAGCUUGUAUCUUCUAAGUAAUGUGAGUUACAUUCCGAGGCUAAUCACUAUUUAAUACACUAGUGUUCAGAAAGUACUAAGAUAACACAGGCAACAAUAAAAAUAUAUGAAUAGCAAAUAUAAUACAUAAAUACCAUAAGCAAAUUGUUUUAAUUUUUUUUUCAUUACAGCAUGUAUCAAAUAUAUAUAAUACAUGAAACAUUUCAAAGUUGAUUUCAAUUAAUGUUAGCAGCAUUGCAUUCCACCAAGUUUCUUAAUGUAUUAAAAAAACAACAACCUGCAAGUUAGACUGAACACAAGGCAACUCAAAUAGGUUUACAAAACAGUUUCAAAUGGUGUAGGGAAUUUCUAAAGUAUCCAAAUGCUUUGUGAUCUAUCACUUUGUGGCCUAUAAUACACCUUCCAGACUAUACAAUAAAAUAACAGUAGUACUGUCAUAUCAAUUAUUACAUUUGUGUGAUCAGCCACUCAGUGGAAGUGAUCAUUUUAAAGUAACCCAGCUAAAGUAAAAUUGCCAAAGAUUCUAUUUGAAGAAACAAACAAAAAAAUUAAUGAUUUCUAAUUAUUUUAGGGGGGCAUGGAGGCUGAGUGGUAAAGCACUUGGCUUCUGAACCAAGAUGUCCCCCGAGUUUAAAUCUUGGUAAAGAUUAGGAUUUUUAGCUUAAAGAUUGUUACUAUGUCCCUGAGUUAACCCUAGUGGUUACCUGGCUUUAGUUUGUGAAAGUAAAGGUGAAUGGUCGUUAACUAUUAGCCAAAGAAACAGAUGACCUUUACAUCAUCUGCACCAUUGAUUGCAAGGUCUAAAAGGACGUACUUUUUCCUUUUUUUUUUACUAAUUAUUUAGCAUAAAGAUAAACAAUAGUUAAUAUUCUCAUUUGCAUACAAAAGAAGGAUUGAAAAGAAUAAAUAAAACCAAACUAUUUUCAAUUUAGAAAUAGAGCUUCACCUUUUAGAUUAAAAAUAGACAUUUUGAAAUGACAAAAUGAUGUAACAAUCUUGACCUUUAUAAGUGCUAGUGAGAUAGAGAUGGCAACACUAAGAUAUACUGUUUUUAAACAGGAUAAUUCUUUUACAGAGUUUUAUUCUACAUAUCAAACAACAAAUAUACUGGAGUCUCAGCUUCAAACAAAAAAAAAAGUCAAUAUCUUGCAUUAAAAUACGAUCAUGAAAAAUAAAAUUUACAAAACUUUUCUUUUCUCACACAAAUAGUUUUUUAAUUAUAAUAAUAAAUAAGUUGCAGCGUACAGGACUUAAAACCCUGGACUAUCCAAAUGUUAUGUUAUGCUAUUCAUGUUUUGGAUGCUUCUUCAGAUUCUGAAGAUAAUUAGACAUCAAAAAGAUAAUUACAUCCUAGCCCAUACCUCCCACAGGAUGACAGGAUGGCACUGAACAGCAAUCCAGAACACAUACCACAAAACCAGGCAGCCAUCUAUAAUUAUUAAUAUACAUGAUAACUCUUUAGUGAUAGCUAGAUACUUUUAUAUUGAAUUGUAUAAUGGCUGACUGUACAUUACAUCUGUUUAUUGUUGGCUUGUUAAUGACAGUUUUGUUUUUGUUGAUAUGUCUGACAUUACAGCUUUUCUUGAUAGGCUAUAAAUUAGGCCUUUUUAACAUCAUUGUAGUCAAAGCCUUAAAAUUUACAGACCAUACAAAGCAACAAUUUAAUGGUGAAUUCCAUUAUAGUUAAGUUAUAACAUACAUUAAAACAAUAUUAUUUUUUAUGCCAAAGCAAAUACUACGAUUUGCUGUAUUUACAAAUAUAUACAAGAAUAGAAGUCAAAAUAUCUACAUUUUUAUUAUCAAUAAUAAAAAUUAACAAUAAACAACUGCAUUAAAGCUGAACAGUGAAUAAAAUACAGUAAGGCACCAAAAUGUUCACCCACGAGACUGAUUUUCAUAUUUAUAUGAUUAAAAAUAAAUACAAAUUGAACACUUGAAUAUUAAGCAAAAUCUUUCACUAUACAUACGGUAUAGCAAUAGCUAAGUCAUAUAACAGUUACUAUAAUUUUAAUGUAAUGAAACAUAUUUCUAGUUUACAGCUAUUAUAAACCAUUAAUUACUAAUGGGAAAAAAGGUAAUCAAAAAGGCUAAGUGUAAGUAAUGUUAAACACUUUAUACUAUUUUAAACCCAAAAUUUAAACCCAAAUUGUCUAAUCAAUGAUGAAUAAAAAUAAUAGAUCAAAGAACGCCAUAAUAAAAUAAAUCUUUUUUAACAACUUAUUUAGCCAACUUAUUAGAUAAUGUUUAAGAUGAAACAUUUCAUUUUCAACCAAAAAUUCUCAAUUACUAAAAUGGUCUUCUGAAAGAACUUUCUCAUGUAAUAUAUGUAUGUAAAUAAAUAAAGUCCAAUCUGCUUGCUUCAAAAUGUAUAUUUCAAUUUACUUUCGAAAAUUCCUUCAGAAAUGAAGAUUAAUUUAAUACAUCAUAGUUUAAACCUCUUGGCCAGAAUGGAUUUGGGCAGGGUUCAAACUAGGAGCAACAUGAUGACAAGUGAUAGAAUUGAGUUAUUUAGAUCUGUUUGAUAAACUUUGAUGAUUAAUAGAUCAAUUUUAUAAUUUAUUUGGAGAAAGAUUAGAAUGCAAACAAAGAAUUUGAAUUUGAAACCUUCUAAUUAAUUUUUUUUUCUGAAUUAAGGAUUUUGGAAUGGGAAGGGGGAGAGGGCUAGAAAUGAUUGCCCCCCCUCCACACACACACACACCAACACAGACAUUACACAGCAUGCAUUAACAAUUAGUCAAUAAUUUAAAUUAUCAAAAAAAUCCGCAGAAGGGACAGUUCUGAGACACAGUAAAUAUCAAACAAAAAGGGGGAAAUGAUAUAGUUUUCCACAAAAAAUAAAUUCCUACAUUUACCAAAGAGUAUGAUCAUAGUACAAAUUCCAUGCAAUGGGAUCAACACCCUCUAAAUUCUAUGCAAUAUGUACUUAUGCCCUCCCUUUUCACCAUUUCAAUAUCAUUACAGCCUCUAAGUUUCAAGCUAAACAAUGUUCUAAUAGUUCUAUCAAUGAAAUACUUAUAUUUACAUUCAUAUAACAAAAUAUAUUUUUUUAUCUGCUGCUCCCCUUCCUUUUUAAACUAUUAUGCUGCAUACAAAGAACAUAAACAGUCUUUCUGGUUUAAAAAUUUGAUCUCAUCAAGAACUAUAAAGCAGCACCUUUCUUCUUGGCAAACCCAAAAAAUGUCCUUGUCCCAGUGCUGGACGUGUCUGGUGUGUUUUGCUCCUCUCCUAUUGUACUGUAUGGGCUGAAGAGAUCACUGUCAUUGUCAUUCAUUGUUUGAAUUUUGGUAUAAUGCUUGUAACUAAAUGGUUCUUUGUAAACAGAGAAAGCAAA